AUGAGUGGUGGCGUCGAGGGCACAAACUUGGUGCCGGUCGACCAGGAGUUCUUGUAUUUCAUUCUCGAUAUCAUGCGUGCCUCCGGGGGCUAUAGGAUCGAGCUCACGGACAUGGAUCCAUACCACGAGCUGUUUUUAGAGUUUACCAAUCCGACAGACUCCGCUCACUGCUCACUCUUUUUAUGGUUCAAUGAGAAACUACACAAACUCGAGGUUGUUCACUCUCUAUCCAAUACAACAGACUUUUCAGCGGCAAAGUCGGACACUUCUCAGCCGACGCUAGCCUUCAGUAUCUACUACUUCGUCCGACUUGAAACAAUGCCGGCCGACUUCACCGACUGGAGAAAUCACAUUCAGAUGGGGACGGUGUCUCCUUGCGUCACAGAGUCCUUACUGAAUGCCAUGAAUUCUGUUUACUCUCCCUGGAUUCGUUCCUUCAACACUUGGCCAUCUAGUGUUAGAGACGACUUUCUAAGCCAAAUUGAGCGGUAUAUGGCCAGCUUGACUGAGACGACUUAUCUUGCAAAGGGGAGAACCGUUCUGUAUAUCCCUAGCUUUGAGGAUCUAGACCCAGUAGAGGGCUCGCGCAACAAAGAGCUCAUACCUCGGUUAGAAUCUCUCGUUGUCCAUUGGACACGCCAAAUCAAAGAGCUGCUUUCGGGUGUGCACUCCAUGGCACGGACCUCAAUGACUGCUCAACAAGCAAUAACGCCAGGGACGGCUCCAAAGACUGAUGAUGCAUCUCGGCCCAUCACUCAGUUUAGCAAAAAGGCAGCACGAGGGCUCAAUGCCUGUGCAACGAAGUAUCACCCGUUUCCUCGCUUGCAGGACCCUCUGGACGAGCUGUGUUACUGGAAGACUAGGGCUGCAGACCUCACAGCGGUUCUGGACCAGCUACGCUCAAGGGCGCUGUGUAAUGUAAUUGAGACCUUGAAGCUGGCACACUCACAGUACGCUGACACCUUCGACGAGCUUGCUGCAGUUAUCAAGGAGCGCACAAAUGAAAGCAUGUCAAACCUAAAGUUUUUGGGGACUAUUGAGGGCGCCUGUAGAUCCCUGAUGACCACAAAAGAUCUAAACGAUAUCGCAUCAGUUCUUCCGGAUCUUCUCUGCCAAAUAAAGCUAAUAAGUGCCCAGUCAGCAUACUAUUCUAACGUGGCUAACUUGUCUGGGCUGUUGCGGCGUGUCUCGUCGCUUGUGGUUAAUAGCCUGGUAUCCAUGGUUAGCCUGUAUGAUAUCUUUGUCGGGGACAGUCUCCGGUCUAUUCACGAUCUUAUUGGAUGCAAUGCAAUCAUCAAUUCGUGGAUAUUGCUAUAUAAGCAGGCGUGUGACAAUACAAAGGAGCACGAGGACCUUGUUACAGAAAUAGAAACGGCCAAAAAGGCAGCCAUUGAGGCAGAGGCACAGAUGGGCGCGCUGCCUCCUCCUGAGCCGGAGCCAGUUCCCGAGCCCGAUGAGAGAACUGAAGAAGGCGAAGGGACAGAGGAUAGCUACGAUAACCCUGCUGCACUUAACCAUAUUCCUCCACAGUAUCACAAAACGGUCUAUUGCCUGCUUCUGCGGAAACAAAGACCUGACCAGCCGUUCAUGGAGUGGUCCUUCGAUUCUUCAGUGGUCUCCUCUGCAGAGGCGUUUGGCCAGAGAUGCAUUGACCUGUGCGAAAUAUGUCAGGAUAGGCUCCAGUUUUCUCGUGCAGACACGUUAAUUGCCUCGAAGGAUGGAUUCUUACAGCGCCACACUAAUUCCAAUGCGGGUGCAGAGCAAAAUGGGAAGCAACAUAUUAAGGAGAACACGUUCUCUGCCACACCUAAAACAGAAACAAUAGAGCUUCCUAAUGGAUUGACAGUCGACAUGAGUCUCCUCUCUCAGAUUGGAAAGCCACCUUACGAUAACCUUAACACGGCAUCACUUGCAGACAUUAACUCUGCUGAGUAUCUUCUUCCUAAAUUUGGAGGAAGUUUAGGCCAAAUGAUCCGGCGGUCCUUUAGGGAGAUUCAGCGCACAUUCUUACGCCAUCUCGCCCUUCUUUCUCGUGUUCCAUACAAUCACUUUGACGUGCGAUCAAACUCGUGGCACGAGUCUGUCGCAGCCUACCGUCAGGGGAUCAAGGCGCUCACUAUCUUCACUGAGAACAUUAUCUCAACAAACUUUUCCCAAUCUAGCCACUCCGUUGUUGAAACCUGCGCUAUCCUUGAGGCGUUUAGCCAUUUAUCUAGUCGCCCAGCGUUCAGACGCUCUGUGGAAAAGAAAACUCUCGAUACUGUGCGCCUUUUCAUUGAGAAGGCAGGACAGAUAAAAAGCCAGUUUGAGCUUUUAAGGACAGCGUCUAACACUACCAAUGUUGAAAGCAAACCGUCAGAGGCUAGGGACACUAAAAGGACUACCAAGCUGGCAGCUGCAAAAGCCCCACUGGGGACAAAAGCCAGGUCGACGAAGGCUGUCAGUGGAGCUAAUUCUGGAACUGCAAAGGCAUCAGCAAAGGUGGCACUCAGUGGCACAGACGAGCAUGCUCAACCCGAGCGCAAACUGGACGUUGACCAGGCCUCGGCCAGUAUGGCGACGACGGUGGCACACUCUACGGUGUUGACAUUUGCUUCAUUCCAGCCGCGCAUCGCUAUGAAUUCGGUGAAUAUUAAACGGUUACUCAGCGCUUUGGAGCGUGACUGGGAUGCCCUUGUCAUAUGGCUUUCCCCAGGUGCUCGCCAAGUUGCCUCAGAACUCCUAAACAGGGAGCGGAGGAAUGCUGCAGCCGCGGCAUCUGGUGUUGGAACCAAUGAUAGCAGGCAGGCAGUCGAACUAUUAGUCAACUACUCCCGCGACGAACGCGAGGCCAUUGAGAUUUACGCCAAAACUAAAGCUCUUUUUGAAAGCUACAUAGACAGAAACUUCCGCGAAUGGGUUUCGAGCAUCAAGUCGUACAAUUUCGAGGCAGAGCUAGAGAAGCCGAUCAUGGCUCUCACGCCCAUUCCAGAUGCUCUUAAGGAAAAACUAAACGUCGACUCGGCACUUAACGCCCUGGACAUGGGGACAUCAAGUGACAAAGCUAAGAAAGCACCCCAAGCAAAGGACGAGCCCCACGAGGAGACGACGAACACAAUCCUUCUUCUGAAUCGGGUUAGCCUUCAGUACCCUGUCUCUAUCAAGAACUGCUUGCAGGAAGUCAUGUACUGGAGCAAGUUAGGAUACGACAUCCCUGAAAACGCCAAGCAACUGUACUCGCGCCGAACUGCGCUCCAUCAGAAAAAGGAGCUUGUAUCUCUCUGUGUCUCUGAGGUCAAUCGUGUUGUGGAUAACCUAGCGCCUGAUGAGAUCCUUUUGUUCCGCUCGCGCCUCUCCGAGCUGUCUAACUAUCUCUCGGAUGCGUGGACAAAAAUAGGCUGGAAUACCCGUGGUCUUCUCCAGUUCAUUAUGAAGGCGCGAAAGCUGGCUAUUGAAGCGUUUGCACUGACGUGCCUAUUCCACAACAAACGGAAGACUAUCGAGGACUGCAUCAGGUCUCUAAGCUCCAUUUCUCUCAUCAAUUGCAAGCUUUGCGCGGAUACAUCGUCAUCCAGUUCCUUGAGCCAUGCCCAAUCGAUGGAGCAAAGCCUUGCAGAUGACGACGACGCCCAACUUGGUGAGAGAUCGUCCACUAGUGGGCCACUUCAGCUUUCUGAAUUUGUGUCUAACCAACGUGUUACUUUGGAUUCAGCCACACGCCAAUUCUUUGAGACCCUUAACCUAGCGGAAGAUUCUCUUGUAAGCUGCUAUAAUAUCUUCCGGAAAGAUGGCCCUUCAGUACAAGCAGAGUGGAUCCAGUUUGUUUCUCAAAUAGAAUCCCGGAUUGAGGUGUCGCUGCUCGCUCUUUUUGUCCAGAGCUUUGAGGAGCUGGCCUUCAUCAUGACUGGACGUCGUUCCAGGCCGUUAGACAUGUCUGCCUAUAAGCCAGAGGCCAUCCCGAUCUUUAAACUCUUCUUGGUUCUCACUAAGCAUCCCAUUAUUAGCCCAUCUGUUGACGAGCUGAAUGGCGCUGUUGUCACUGUCCUGAGAUCCGCCAUUCUGGGUAUCGUUGAACGUAUAGAACGCUUCCACAUAUCCCUUUCAGCGAAGGAGCGCCGUUUGCGGGAAAUGCGGAUUGCAGAGGCAGAACGUAUCUUUCAGGAGAAGAUAGAUCAGCGGGAGAGAGAGGGCCUGCAAACAUCUCCUGCUGAGAUAGCCGUGCUGCGUGCGGACAUAGAUGAAUGGGCGUCUCUGAAGAUGCCAGAAUACAAGGUUCGAAUUCCGUAUCUAGAUCUCUUUAGAUUUGCAAUUAACAUUUUGGAUCAGCCAGCUAAUACCGUCACAGUCUAUUCGCCCAGCAGCUGUCCCGAUGAGGCUACAGACCAGCAGGCCAAGGGAAUCAACACCAAUGCACUGGGGCAUGCCAUAGCCUGGAUACGCUAUAGCUUAGAUGCGGUUUGCAAGCAAGCGACAACCUACGCCGGGAACUUUGCUCGCUAUUCCGAGCUUUGGCUGGAGGAUAUGCGAGGGUACGAAAUACGCCAUAACCUCUUAUCGCAGCCUCUGUCUGUCUAUGAAGAUACGCUCAAAAGCUUCCAGCGCUUAGAAGCUGACCUGCAGCAAGAGGAGUCACACAUACACUUGUCUGUCAUCCAGCUUGACUGUACCAAUCUCAAGACAGAACUUGCGCGCAAGAGCGCCGACUUCCAGAGUUAUCUUAUUGACGUUCUCCAAGAGAAGGCGUUUUCCGAGCUCAAAUUGGUCACUAACGAUCUUAACGAGAUGAUCCUGCUCUUGGACAAAGAGUCUCGCGACCUGGAUGACCUCCAGCGUCAGAUUACAAACCUAGACAGUGCAAAGGUACUUAUUGGCAGCAUUAAUGAGCGCUGCCAACCUAUAGGGCAGAAGUUCCAACUGCUUAUGACCUUAGAAGCGAACGUGUCUGCAGAUAAGCUUGUUAUCUUAAACGGUCUUACAGAUCUUAUUACAAAGGCGAAGGGCGCCAUCGACUCUGCGCAAUUGAAGGUGGCUGUGGAACGAACCAAAUUCAGAGACCAGGUUACGAGAGACCAGGCCAAUCUCACCCAAGCGUGUAUGGAUCUGAAGACGUUAGUCCAGAGCGAAGGACCAUAUUCUCCCAAUGUUGUAACCAAGGCAAUCGAGGGUGUUGCUCUGACGGCCGAGGACAUACAGCAGGCGGAGCGGAUACUUCAUCGCUUUGAGAACAAGUAUGACGACUUGCUCCAGCUGAAAGAACAGGUUGAGCAUGGGUUGAGGAUUUUCCAAGCUGAAUUCAAGGACGUAAAAGAGCUGAGCAUAAUACAAGGAAUGAUCAAGCAGCUCAAGAGCAUAUGGUCUAUUGCUUCCGCUUGGAACAAUUACUACAGCAGCGUGAAGCGAACUCAGAUGCGCCACAUUGAUCACGAGCAGCUCGAUGCUGAAAUUAAGAAAAACCAAAUCUCGGUAAGAAAGCUUCCCAACGAUACAAAAGCAUUUCCUGUUUCGAAGACUCUUGCUCUGCAGCUUGAGGAGUACCGACCUGUUCCCGCUGUUAGCCAGGACCUCAAAAACACCGCUAUGCGUCCGCGCCAUUGGGCACAGAUCUCAGAAAUAACUGGCAUCUACCUGCUGAUCCCGAAAGACACUCCCAAUAUUCUGGGACCUGCCUCAGGAGGAGAGCCAAUUGCCAAACUAUCUAACCUUGUCUCAAGCGGGGUCAACCUUGAUUCUUCCACAACAUCGGCUGGGCUUUCCUCCUCUGCCGUGAACAAUGAAGCCUACGACAAAGUCAUCAUUGAUCCGGACUCGAUGCACUUCACUCUACAUUUUAUCAUAAGUUCCGGACUCAUGGUGCACGCUGAAUCCAUUGCUGCGAUAUCUAGCGGCGCCACGCAGGAGCUCUUCAUUGAAGAGGGAAUGCGUGACAUCGUCAAGAAGUGGCACAUGCUUGAGCUUAAUGUUGCAACGUAUCAGAGCAAGUCGUACGGCGGGGAUGUACGAAACAAACCCACCUAUUACAUUUUGAAGGGCCUGGAGGACCUUUUUGCAAACUUAGAGGAGCACUCCUUGUCCAUAUCAACAAUGAAGGGAUCCAAGUAUGCACGGGCAUUUGAGCAGGAGCUGGACACGUGGGACGCGGUGCUCUCCCAGGUCUCUGAAGGAAUCGAGAUUAUCCUGAACUCUCAGCGUGCCUGGAUGUACUUGGAGACCAUUUUUGCCGCCUCUGAUGAUAUCCGUAAGCAGCUUCCGGCAGAGUCCCAGCUUUUCGACGAGGCCAAUGAACUUUGGAAGAAGUCCAUGACACGCAUUCACCGUGAGAAACGGGUCCUCGUUUGUUUCGAUAUUCUAGAGCUGCUGCAAACAAAUAUCGGCUCUAAGAUUAAUCUACGACGAUCCUCUGUGAUUAUUAAAUCAAUGCUAGAGAUUUCUCAGACGCUCGAUCAGAUCCAAAAGAGGUUGGAGGAUUAUCUUGAGCGAAAGCGCGUUUCCUUCCCACGGUUCUACUUCCUUUCCAACGACGAGUUGCUUGAGAUUUUGGCUCAGUCGAAGAAUCCACUUGCUGUGCAGCCACACAUACGCAAGUGCUUUGAUGCAAUGAAGUCUCUUGACGUCACAGACAAAGCUGGGACAAAUAUCAGUCAGUACACCGACGUCAGCCAGCUUAAGCCAAAUACUGUCGUUAUUGCUUCGGGCAUGAGGGGGGACUGCGGAGAGUUGGUGCCAUUUCUUCGAAAUAUCAUCUGCACAGGAGUUCCCGUUGAAGUCUGGCUCGGACAGGUGGAAGAUUGUAUGCGCGCAACUCUAAAAGACAUGGCGCCGCGUUGCCUCUUGGACAUGGUCAACGGAAAGCUGCCGUUAGAGAUAUUGCUUGGAAAGUGGCCGGGUCAACUUACUAUAGCAAGCAACCAGAUCAGAUGGACGCAGCACGUUGCACACGCACUCUCUAGCGGGGCAAAGUUCCUUGACAAAACCAAGCUAGAAGCUCCCACAUUGAGGAAUAAAAAAGAUACUUUCGACAGACCUGGAGAGGAUGGCCUUGAUGGUGGAGACGAGACAGCAGCAGAGGAGCCUCAGGAAGAAUUGGAUGACGAGGCCUUUCUUAUGCAACAACUCAUGCAAACACCUGGGUUCCAGGACUGCCUUGACACUGUUCGGCGUAACCUUAAAAACUCCCGCAAACGCUCUAUGAUCUUCCUCAGCAAGCUAACUGAAAUCGUCCGCAAGCAACGGUCGGAGUUUGUAGUGCCACAAGCAGCGCCGUACCCAUGCAACUUCCAGGGCUCCCUUAUUCAGAACAAGGUGCGUUCCCACAUUACCCUAGAAGUCCAUAAUCGUGACAUAAUAGAAGAGCUCUACCAUGCUAAGGUUUACAACGACCAAUGCUUUGAGUGGUUCAGCCAACUAAAGUAUUACCUGGAGUUGGUGGGCAGUGACUUUGACCAGCCGAGCAACAAGAAAAAAAAGAAGGAGGAGAAGCGCGAGGACAUGACUAUGUGUAUAGUCAUUCGCCAAACCACAUCAAUUCUUGCCUAUCAGUACGAGUACCUGGCAAACACUGGCCGACUUGUUUGCACACCUCUGACAGAUCGGUGCUACGUUACUCUGACCUCUGCUCUACAGUUGCGUAAGGGCGGUGCGCCACAAGGACCUGCUGGUACUGGAAAAACCGAGACCACGAAGGACCUUGCCAAGGCCAUAAGCAUCCAAUGUCUCAUCUUCAACUGCUCCGAGGGUCUGGACUACAAGUCUUUGGGUCGGAUGUUUUCGGGUCUUUGCCAGACAGGCGCCUGGAGCUGCUUUGACGAGUUCAAUCGUCUCUACGUCGAUGUUCUCUCAGUUGUUGCACAGCAAGUCGGAACCAUCCUUGCAGCUAUCUCUAAAAAUGCGUCUAGAUUUGUUUUUGAGGGACGUGAAAUCAGUUUAAAGCGCACGUGCGGCGUUUUCAUAACCAUGAAUCCAGGCUAUGCCGGCCGCUCGGAGCUGCCUGACAACCUCAAGGCCCUUUUCCGCCCCAUUUCAAUGUGUGUGCCACAGAUGCAACUCAUUUGUGAAAUCAUGAUCCUUUCCGAGGGCUUCGCCACAGCCAAGUCCUUAGGAAUGAAGGCAAAGACUCUAUUUGAACUUUCUAACCUUCAGCUUUCCAAGCAAGGCCACUAUGACUUCGGUCUGCGCGCAAUGAAGGCGGUUCUUCUGACCGCAGGCAUGUUGAAGCGCAGCCAUCCAGAGUAUCCGGAGGAUAUGAUCAUGAUGAGGAGCCUCAAGUACAGCACGGAGCCGAAACUUGUUCGCCAGGACACACUUCUAUUCACAGGCCUAAUUAGCGAUCUCUUUCCGGGUGUAGAGCUGCAGGACGUUUCGUACGGGCUUGUGGAAGCAGGCGUGGAUAUCGAGAUGGCAGUACGGAACAUUCAUAUCAACACUAAGCAGCGCGACAAGAUCUUCCAGUUUCUAGAAACACAAGAGUCCCGGCACGGAGUUAUGGUCAUUGGGAAUUCUGGCUCCGGCAAAACAACCUGUUACGAGGUGCUUGCGGCUGCUCGCGCUCGCGCUAAGAAAGCAUAUACAGAGUAUCUUGAAGCAACUCAGCCCAAGGGGGCUGUACAGGCCAAGGCCUUUCUUAAGAACCCCUAUUGCAUAAUGAUCAAACACGUCGUCGACUCACAGGAAAUUCCAUUCAAGGCUGUCUCCCCAUACCUUUACCUUCUGCAAAAGUUGUACAAAGACGAAACAGGAACGUCUAAGCAUAUACAAGAAACAGUUUACCUAGCUAAAUGUAUCCAUUACAUGAAGGAUGUCUACAAAUAUGACUCUAACACAGGUGCGUAUGCCUUUACUCCCGCACGAGAUCAGAAGGACACCACCGUCGGUGACGUGUUGGUGGAGCCAGUCUAUGAUGAGAAGGUCCGCACCCCAUACGAUGACGCCUACGACGUUGUGAUAGACUACAUAAAUCCCAAAGCCCUCAACAUCAACCAGCUGUAUGGGGCGUUUGACAUGGCGACCCAAGAAUGGGUUGAUGGCGUUGUCUCCAAUUGUAUCCGCAGCAGCUCAGCACUGGGUAAUGAUCCCAACAAUAAGACCUACUACACUACGCUUUUCGAUGGCCCUGUGGACACACUGUGGAUAGAGUCCCUCAACUCAGUGCUUGACGAUUCAAAGAUACUAACACUUGUCAACGGUGAGCGUAUCUCGUUCCCUAAGGCCGUCAACUUCUUGUUUGAGGCAAAUGAUCUCUCACAAGCCUCUCCUGCUACUGUCUCCCGUGCAGGAAUGAUUUACUGUGAUCUCUCGGACAUAGAGUGGAGAUGGCUCUAUAGGCACGGAAUAGACAAGUUUUAUCGCUCGAGGACAAGGAAUGAGCUGGUUAGAGAGCGCUAUGGGACGUUUCAGUUUAAUUUGGAGCGAGCAAUAGCCAAGGUCAAGGAAAACGAGGGCGAUAGUUCCAACUAUAAGGAGCUCAUAAAGCAUGAUGUACCAGCGGAGACUAACCAGUUGAUAAUAGAUACUCUGGAGGGUUAUGGAAUGAAGCUAUUUAAUAAGGUGUUCGAUGCAAAAGAGCAAGGCAUCCUGACCCAGUCCAUCGACUAUUCUGUAUACUCCAUGAUGCGGACAUUCUUCAACAUGUUUGAGGCCCUUGCGCAGCCCCAUAAUGGUGUGUGGAUUGACAUUUUUGAUAAUGAUGGGAUGGUACAACGCGUUGUUGAAAUGUAUAUCGUCUUCUCACUGGUCUGGGCGUUCGGUGGCAGUCUGGAUUCGGACGGCAGACAACACUUCGACUUGAUUAUCCGUGAAGUUGAGGGUGCUCUUCCAGUGGCAGACACCGUUUGGGAUUAUAAGGUGGACCACGGCCGUCGCAGCUGGGUACACUGGAACGAGGUCUUGCCGAGAGGGUGGCGACCCAAUCCAGCCAUUCCCCUGUACUCAACUCUUGUUCCCACGGUGGAUACUCUCCGCACCGAAUACGUGGUUAAAACAGCAAUCCUUCACGCAGCGAUAGAGUCUAUCGAGAUCAGGAACUACCACACAGUCGGGCCUGCCAAUAGCUACACCACUUCGUACGGGGUAAUGCUCUAUGGAGUCAGCGGAACUGGGAAGACGUCUAUCUUUAAAAACAUCAUCAUUCCCGCACUCGAGCAGGGCCUGAUCACAAACUCUGCCUAUGAGUACUAUUCCACUCUCCAAGUAGCCUGCGAUGGGGCCACAAAUCUGGAGAAGAUGUUUGUUGGUGGAAAUAUUGGAAAGUACAACAUAGUGUCGCUAGGUCUUUCUGCGCAAACAUCUCCGCAGCGCCUUCAGGCUGUCUUGGAAUCUCGAUUGCAGCCGCGCUCGACGACCUCCAUGGGACCGGUCGGUGGUAAGCGGCUUUUGGCCUUCUUCGAUGACUAUAACCUUCCACAGCGCGAUGCAUUCGGUUCCCAGCCGCCUCUGGAGUUUAUGCGUCAGGUUAUGGAUCGCGGGACAAUGUACAGACAGAAGAAGGAUAAGUACUAUUUGUCCUCUAUUCUAGACGUGGAUAUUGUACCUGCUAUGGCUGUCCCCGGUGGCGGGCGGAACCCCAUCUGUGCGCGUAACCUCUCCUUGUUUAGCAUCUUUGGAAUAGAUUCACCCAGUGAAAAUGUCCUGAAGGGCAUCUUCCACACCCUCCUGAACGCCCAUUUUGCACUUGGCUUUGACGAGCAAAUAAGGCAGAUGGUUGAUACCCUAGUGACGUCUGGCAUAGAGAUCUACGCUCAGGUCUCUUCUUCUCUUCUGCCGACACCACUGAAGCCGCAUUACGUGUUCAAUUUACGUGACUUGUCCAAGUUCUUCUUGAGCCUUAUGAAGGCCGACCCGCAGCAGCAAACAACGCAGGACUCCAUUGUUCGGCUUUGGACACACGAGUGCCUCCGCGUUUAUCACGACCGGCUGGUUGAAACGGACCGCCCCUGGUUCUUUGACCUGCUCAGCUCAAAGCUCGGAAACCAUUUCAAUACAACCCUCAGCCGUGUGUUCUAUGAAAAGCAGCCUCCGCUAUUUGUAGACUUCUUGGAGACAAAGUGGAUCUCGACAAUUCCUAACAAUCAGGAUCCUGACACAGAAGUAGGCGUCUUCCAGGAGAUAACCAGCAAGAAGAUGCUCAAGACCUUCAUGGAGGAAAAGCUCAGAGAAUACAACAACUCCGGUGCAGCAUCCAUGAAUCUUGUUCUCUUCAAUGACGCGAUUGAUCAUUGCUGUCGGAUUGCCAGAAUUCUCUCCUCUCCGUCUGGUCACGCACUGCUGAUUGGAUCAGGUGGAUCAGGACGCAGUAGUAUGACACGGCUUGCAGCGCAUCUCCAGCGGCAAACUGUCUUUUCUAUAGACCUAGCAAAGAACUACGGGGUUGCCCAAUUCCGCGAAGAUAUGAAGAAGCUCUUUCUCAUGGCCGGCGUUGAUAACCAAGCAGUGUGCUUCCUCCUUUCCGACCAGCAAAUCGCCGACGAGGCGUUUCUAGAGGAUGUCAAUUCAAUAUUGUCUUCUGGAGAGAUACCUGGUCUGUUUACGCAAGACGAAAUGAGCCAGAUACGCGACGCUUUGUCUCCUGUAUGCAAGCAGUAUGGCAUGAGCGAGACAAUGGAGAAUUGUUAUCAGAUGCUCCUGCAGAGAUCGAAGGUCAACCUUCACAUAGUUUUAGCUUUCUCACCAUCAGGAGAGGUGUUUCGGCGCCGUCUGCGCAUGUUUCCGUCAUUGGUUGGCUCGUGUACCCUCGAUCUUUUCGGAGACUGGCCCACUUCGGCGUUAGAGGAAGUCGCGCUCUACUUCCUCUCAGAUUUCAAGGAAUUGGAUGAAUUUGAGAACAUGCAGCGCGUAUUGGAGAUCGAUGAGAAUGGAAAUAUCGUUGAAGAAAAGGCUCAGCCACCUGCAACUACUGCGCGAGGAGGAAGUUCUCAAAACAGCAGCAGAGACGAGUCAGACACUACAGACCCGACACGCAUGUCGCUCCGCAGGAAGCUGGCGAAAGCCUUUGUUACGGCACACGACGUAUCCCACAAGACAGCCCUGGAAAUGGAGCUGGCUUCUAAACGCAAGGUCCACGUUACUCCAGCAGGAUACCUGUCCCUUGUCCGAUUAUAUAGAGAUAUCCUUCUUCAGCAGCGCCACAAGAUUACCAAUGAUAUAAACAAACUUAAGGGCGGUAUCAAUAAGCUCAUGGAGACGCGCGAGACUGUCGAGGAGAUGCGGAAGGAGUUGGAAACGACGAAAGUGGUUGUUCUGGAGUCUCAGGAGAACUGUGAGAAUCUGCUUGCGAAUAUAGCUGUUCAGCAGCGUGAGAUAGAUGAGAAACAGAGGCUAAUCCAGAUCGACUCGGAGAAGCUUAUGAAAGAAAAGGAGGUCCUUAUGGGACAGAUGAAAGAGGCCCAGAAGGACCUAGACGAGGCGACUCCUGCCCUGGAGGCUGCUCAGAAGGCCUUGGAGAGUCUUGACUCUAAGGAUAUCUACGAAAUUCGCUCGUUUACACAGCCUCCAGAGCUUGUUAAACUGGUUCUGGCCGGUGUUAUGACGCUUCUUAAUCGCGAUACAGACUAUAAGUCUGCUAAAAUAGUUAUGGGAGAAGGUCAGUUUUUGGAGAAGCUGAUUAACUAUGAUGUUAACAAUAUCCCUGAGACGAUGCUCAAGAAGGUUAAGCGGUACUACAUGGACAAGAACUACACUGUCGACGCAAUCGGGCGUGUUUCUGUGGCUGGGAAGUCCCUUUGUCUAUGGGUUCGUGCUGUUUAUGAGUACGCAUGCGUCUACAAAGUUGUUAAACCAAAACAAGACGCCUUGGAGGACGCCAAGAAUAAGUUGGCCGAAAAGGAGCGUGCACUUCAGGCAGCGCAAGAUGAGCUUGCUCGCAUUGCUGCCGCCGUCGAAAAACUCAAGAGUGAGCAUGCCUCUGCGGUUGCUGAACGCGACCGGCUUCGAAGGCUUGCCGAGGAACUUGCCCUAAAGCUCAACCGCGCCGAAAAGCUUAUAAGUGGUCUUGGAGGCGAAAAGGAGCGGUGGACGAAGAAGAUCCAGACACUAACCUACAAUCUGUCAUCGCUGCCCGGAGACUGCUUGACAGCGGCUGCCUUCAUAUCUUACGCUGGCGGACUCACUGGGCGGUUCCGCUCAUAUGUUCUGACCGAGUGGGUCAACGCUGUCAAUGUGUGGAUGAUUCCGUGCACAGACCCUGAAAAGUACAGCGUCUCGGAGUUCUUAGCCGGGCAGGCCCUCAUCUAUCAAUGGAGCUUGCUUGGCCUUCCAAAGGAUAACUUCAGCGCAGAGAACGGGAUACUUAUUACGACGAGCAACAGAACGCCACUUAUCAUAGAUCCUCAGCGCCAAGCAACCAGAUGGAUUAAGAGGCUCUUCUUUGAGGCUCCUGAGUACAGCAAGACAGACGUAGGGAAUGUACAGCAGAGCGAAGAAAGUGAGGGCGGAACGCUCAAGCUUGAGGUAGGUACUCAGCAAUCAAAGAAGCCACCGAAGCAGUCCAGCAACCCAGAUGAGAACCUCAAGAUCAUAAAUGCAAAGGAUGCAGACGCAGUGAAACAAAUUGAAAUGUGCAUACAGUACGGGACACCCGUGUUGCUUGAAGACGUCGGGGAGCAAAUUGAUCCGUCCUUGGACGUCAUUAUACGGAAGGACAUUAUCAAGAAACAAGGUAGGCGGUUCAUAAAGAUCCGCGAUAAAGAGGUAGAGUGGAAUGAUAACUUCCGGAUAUUUGUUUCGACACGCCUCCCCAAUCCUCUGUACACACCAGAGGUCUUUGCAAAGGCCUGUAUCAUCAACUUCACGAUUAUCAAGGAGGGUCUAACAGACCAGCUGCUGGGAGCAGUCGUUUCAAAGGAACGCCCAGAUUUAGAGGAAUCUAAAAAUAAGAUCGUUCUCAACACAGCCAAUAUGCGGGUGAAGUUGCAGUUUCUGGAAGAUGAGAUAUUGCGUCUCCUGGCUACAUCGUCUGGCAGUCUUCUCGACGACGAGGAGCUUAUUGCCACUCUUGAAAAUUCCAAAGUCACGUCUGCAGAGAUUACAAAGCAGCUUGAAACCUCUGCGAUCACUGAGAAAAAGAUUGAUAUGGCACGGCGGGCUUAUCAGCCUGUCAGCGAGAGGGCAUCGCUGCUGUACUUUGUUCUCGAAGAUCUGGGCUCAGUAGAUCCUAUGUACCAAUUUAGCUUGGAGGCAUACAUGAAGCUCUUUAUUAACAGCAUCAAUAACAGCCAGAAGCAUGAGGACGUUAGCGCCCGAAUUAGACUCCUCAACGACUACCACACUUACGCGGUUUAUAAGUACUGCUGCCGUGGUCUGUUUACUCGGCACAAGAUUCUCUUGUCUCUGCAUAUGUGCGUGAAGAUCCUGGAAAGUUAUGGCAGGAUAAAUAUGAGUGAGUAUGCCUUUCUGCUCAAGGGCGGCCAGGUGUUCGACAAGUCUCAGCAGCCGCCGAACCCCGAUCCCACUUGGAUUAGCGGCGCAAUGUGGGACAGCCUUUGUAUUCUUGAUAAGAUGCCUGCCUUCAGCAACCUUCUUCCCAGCAUUGAGCAGCGCCUGAAAGACUGGUACACUAACUACUACGUCCACGAUACGCCUGAAAAGGCGCCUCUUGUUGGCGAAUGGGACACUCAGCUAAACGAGCUCCAGAAGAUGCUUGUGCUGCGCUGCUUCAGACCUGAUCGCCUUAUCAACGCGAUCUAUACUUUUGUUGCAAACAGUAUCGGGGCUCAAUACACUAAUCCACCGCCAUUUGACUUGGGAUUGGCAUUGACAGAUUCUUCCCCCCAGAUUCCUCUGUUAUUUAUCCUUUCCCAAGGCGCUGAUCCCACCUCUCAGCUCUUGGCGUUUGCCAAGUCAUGCGGCCGCGCAGAUAAACUUGAUCAGAUCUCUUUGGGCCAAGGCCAGCAAGAGGUUGCAGUGAAGGCCGUCCAGCGGUCCAUGAAAGAGGGCCGUUGGGUGUUACUUGCCAAUGUGCACCUAACUCCGAGUUUCUUCUCCGUCCUGGAGCAGCUAGUGGAAGAUAUACCCCAUUCAGCGCCGCACAAAGACUUCAGGCUUUGGAUUUCAUCAGACCCCACCAACGUAUUCCCUAUAAGUGUCCUUCAGACUAGCAUAAAGAUCACGACAGAGGCGCCCUCUGGUGUCCGUGCCAAUCUUCAACAACUAUAUACGUACAUUGAUAAGCCGAUUCUCGAACGACUACAAGUCCGUGACUCGUACCAUGUGCCUCAAGAGGAGCAAGAAAACAUGUUUUCCAUGACACCCGACGAGAAGGAUGACGCCUAUAGGAAGCUGCUUUUCGGCAUCUCGUUCUACCACACGCUCCUCGUCGAACGUCGUAAGUUUGGCAGUUUAGGAUAUAACAUCCAAUACCAGUUCACGCAAUCCGAUUACGAGACUGCUGUCGAGGUUUUGUCCAUGUAUCUCCAGCUGUAUGAUACUAUUCCGUGGAACGCCUUGAAGUACCUUGUCGCUUCCAUUAUCUAUGGAGGGCGAGUCAUAGACGAUCUCGAUAGGCGCGUUCUCAACGUCUACAUAGACCAUGUGUUUUGCCAGACUGCAAUCAAGCGAGACGGAUAUCUGCUCGCGCCCCCGCUUUCAGAGUAUGUCAUUCCGCAACGAGGAAGCCUGCAGGAGUAUCGAGACUAUAUCACCACGUUACCCCAGGUUGAUCUUCCCGCUGUUUUCGGGCAACAUAGUAACUCAGAGGUCGCUUCUCGGAAGGUGGAGUCUCUAACCCUUGUCGAGACUUUGCUAACGAUUCAGUCCAUCGACGGCAGCUCUUCUGGCGAAGUGGAUGAUAAGAAGAAGGAGAAAGAGAAGAAGGCCAAAAAGGUAGCAGACGACGGCGACGGCGACGAGGAUGGAACCAAGAAAAAGAAGAAAGAAAGCACUGGUUUGUCAGCGAGAGACGAGCGUAUGAUCAAGCUAGCCCAGGACAUCAUUCACAGUCUGCCGGCCCCAAUAACCAACCUCCCUCCCCCAAUAACAGACAUCAAUGAUCAAACUGCACCGCUGAAGGCAGUCCUGCUACAGGAAUCUGAACGCCACAUGCGGCUCAGGAACAUUAUCAGUGACGACCUCACGACUCUCCAAAGAGGUAUCAGGGGGCUGACGAUGAUGUCGGCGUAUCUUGAUGAGGUGCUCAACGACUUGCAAGUCGGUAAGGUUCCUGCAUCCUGGGGGAUCAUUUACAAGAGCACGAAGUCUCUAGCGCCAUGGUCACGCGAUUUCAUCAAGCGGGUGGAGCAACUACAGAAGUGGGCGAACGUCGGCUCACUAAAGAGUUACUGGCUUGGUGGACUGAGUUUGCCCACCGCCUUCCUAACCGCGUUGCAGCAGCAGGCAUCACGUAGAAUGAACAUAGCUAUCGAUCAACUCGAAUGGGGCUUCCAAGUCACGAGGUACCUUGACCCUCUUCGCGACAUCGACGAUAGAAGCGUGCCUGCUUUUGGAGAUGGGUUCUAUGCCCAUGACUUCUAUCUUGAGGGCGCAAACUGGGACUUAGACGUAGGCUACUUAAAAGAGCCUCGCCUGAUGGAUCUCUAUCUAACGCUCCCAAUAAUCCGGUUCAAGCCCCAAGAGGCGAAGAAGAAAACGGCGAAGUUCCAGCAGGUAUUCUAUGAAUGCCCGUGCUACUACUAUCCUGUUCGCACAGGAUCACGUGAGCAGCCAUCGUUCGUUAUCAAUAUCUGGCUCCACAGUGGCUAUGAUAAGCCUGCAAAAUGGGUCAAGCGUGGAACAGCAAUACUCCUUAAUCUUGGUGAUUAG